UUAAGAAGAUACAAACCAGAGUCCACACAACCCUGUUCCACCGGCAGGAGCUGCUGAGAACACGGUAGCACUGUUGAGUUGAGCACUGCACAUGAGUUUGCAUCAGAACUUACAGGUUCUUUCCCUGACGUAGAGAAAUGAGGUCGCAGAGCUGUGCUGACAGAGACAGGUAAAACCCUUCCCCACCAACUUGUGCACAGGCACGCUUCCCCUGCCGGCUGACUUCUGAAGAUACGAGUCACUGAAAUCACAGGUUUUCUGGUCUUUAUAUUUCACUGGAUCCAAUUACCCUCCUGUCCCCAGCAAAUGUGUUUUCUUCCCUUUAUUCACUGGAUCUAAAGGUCUUGAAAUUACUUACUUUCUCUCCAUCUUCCAGCUGGAAGCUACAUGGAGAUACCCUUUACCCCAUCAGCUGGCCCACUGUGACAGCAGUGUCCGUGGCUCCUGGGAUAUGAUCUUCUACAGACCUGUUACUUUUGGCUCUGGAGAUGAUUUGAAAGUAGAAACACCGUUGACUCAAAGUUGACUUCUGUGGAAAGCUGUGUGGUGGCUCCAGGAACACGGCUGUCUUCAUACCACAUCCUGUGCCUGUGCUGUUCCUACCAGCCGGCUCACGGAGCGGUGCCAGGCUCGUGAUGCUGACCACAACCUGCAGCGGGACUGGCCCCUUCAGCCAGCACGAAGCUCCCUGCAGAUCUGGAUGGAAGUGUCCUUCUGUGAGGAUGCUCACAGUAGUUAAGUAACAAAUUUAAGAGAGAUCUCGUUCCUGCUCAAGUCCAGGAAUUUACUGACAUUGGUCAACAAUUUCAUCUGCGUGACAGACAUUUUUUCUACGGACCUGUUGUGGUGCACUUACUCAGGAUGAUUUGCAUCAGGAUGAUGUCAGAGCCCAGGGAGGAGCAAGAGAGCACAAUUCCCAAUAUGAGCAACUCCAGGCACAUCCUCAUACUCCAUGGCAUGAUGCUCUGCCACUAUGUAAAAAAGGAACUCAAGCCACGUGUUGCAAUUCUGUGGUAUUGCGGUGAAACAGAGCAUCCCUUUCCUUUCAGAGUUUAGAAGUAUUUAUAAGGGAGCCAGCGCUUUGCUUCCUUCAGAUCACAAACCCAACCUGCUUGGCAACUUCAGCUAACAGGCAUCGCAGGAGAAGAUGUCUCACCUACUAUUUACCUUACUUUCAUUAUUUUCCUUUGCUGCCCUUCUGGAAGCGCAGUGGAAACUGAGGGAAAAUGUGUACGUCAUAGAAUCAGAGUGGAAUGAUGAAACACCAGCUAAAAGAGUGGAGCUCACCUGUAACACACCUGAUGAUGCACUGCCAGUUUACUGGAAAAAGGGCACUGAACUGAAAGGAACUGGAAAGACUCUGAUUGCCGAAGUGAAAGAGUUCCCAGAUGCUGGCAACUACACCUGUCUGACAGCUAAUACCCAUGAAAUUGUCAGCUAUGAUUUCUUCCUCAUAACUAAAAUAGACUCCAAUGGGCAAAUGAUAAGGUCAAUUCUGAAAAGCUUUAAAGAGCCAAACAGGACAUUUUUAAAAUGUGAAGCAAAGAACUACUCUGGAAUUUUCAUAUGUUCAUGGAUGACAGAAAAUGAGAGUCCAAAUGUGAAGUUCACAAUCAGAAGUCUAGAAGGCUCUCAAGGAGACGUAACCUGCAGCAGCCCUGUGGCUCACACUGAUAAAUCAGUGACUGAAUACACAGUCCAGUGCCAGAAAGAAAACUACUGUCCAUUUGCUGAAGAGCACCGGCCAGUUGAGAUGUUCCUGGAGGUCAUUGACGAGGUGGAAUAUGAGAACUACACUAGCAGCUUCUUCAUCAGAGAUAUCAUAAAACCUGACCCACCUCAAUGUCAGCAUGUGGCCACAAAUGGAACAGUGACCUGGACAUAUCCCAGAACAUGGAGCACACCAAAGUCCUACUUCCCUUUGACUUUCAGGGUCAAAGUUGAAAGUACAAAGAAACGCAAAAUCCAGGUCUAUGAUGCUGAGGAGCAGUCUAUUCAGAUUCCAAUGACUGGGCCAAAGGACAAGAUCUCUGUGCGGGCCAGGGACCGCUAUUACAAUUCAUCCUGGAGCGAAUGGUCUUCACAUUGCAGAUAACCAGUAAGAGAUUCUAAAAGAAUGGCACAAUGCUCUUAAAGAAAGCAAAGAAUGAAUUAGCACAAGAACAUAAGCAUAAUUACAAGAAAAAUACGCAUUUGAGAUUAUUGAGAAGCUGUACUAUAUCUUUUUUUGUAACAGAUUAAUAUGGUUCUGAUUUUAGCAUCUCUUUUAAAUUCCCCUGAUUUGAGUAAGACCUUUAGCAUACUUCAUGUUAUAUUAACAUGUAUGGUAUUUUGAUACAUUGCUGUCAGCUUUUAUUGUAGGUUCUGCAUAUUAUUGUAUUGCAUUUAUUUAUUUAUUUAUUUAUUUAUUAGUAUUUAUUUACUCUAUGUGACUUGCAAUGCCAGAUGAUAGCAACCACUAUUUAAACUGUUUCAUGUGUUAAUUUAUUUGGAAAGUAACUUACUUGAAAGAACUUUUUUAGUGUUCUAUUAUUUAACUAUUUAAUUAUUUUAAUAUUUAUUUAUUUAUUUUUAUUUAUUUUGUUGAAAUGUAUCAGCAUAGAAAGCCUUGGCUGCAUGAGGUAGCCAAAUCACAUAUUUUAGCCAUCCUCAUUGUCCAAUCUGAUUGCCGAUGUUUUAGUAAAAGAAGGAAUUGCAAGUUCUGAGUCCUAGAAGUGUUAGCUGCUGCAUUCUGUCAGCUGUCUGUGCUUACAUCAUGUUGAUGCCCAGCUGGUGAACACUGCAAAUAGUUGUUGCAUGAGAGACCAACCACUCUCAAAGCCCUACACUUGCAGCUGAACCCAAGCUGCAGUGGCAGCAAUGGGAGUGCUGGCGUGGAGGCAGCUUUGAGGUGCUGUGGUUGAGAGUCCUGUUGGCACCUCUCAUGAACAUGAGAGGAAACGGGAGCCAACAGUGGAAUACAACACCUCCUAAACAGAACUCCCUCUCUUUCUUGUCUGUGAUCAUUGGAGGCUCUUUAUUCAGUGACCCAUGUGUACCCAGUGCAUCUCUUACAGUGGAGUUUUCUGCCAAUAAAAUCAAUUCAGAGCUGCUGUGCCACAGGCAAAACCACAGGGCACGACUAGUCAAGAAUCUGCAACUGAAACCAAGGCAGCUUAAAUUAUUUCAAAGUUUAACUGUGGUGUAUCUGAUAUUUCAGAGAGCAGUCGGUAGCUGAUUUUAUAUAUGGAUGUUAAGCAUCUAAUUAAAGUUAGAGUUUUAGAAUACAGACUUUUAUAGUUCAUUUUGAAAGUAUUUCCCUAGUAUUGCAACAUGUGCUAGGUGUCUUCACAGAACCUUAGGAAAAAAACCUCAAGUCCUAGUUCUGAACUGCUUACAGUGUAAGUCCCCGGGUCUGGAAAGAAGCAGAAGCAUGUGUUCAAGCCUGUACAUUUUUGUCAAACCACCUAAGUCCUGAAUUUCAGGAGGGCAAAGUACAUUAAAAUAUCUUUGAGGAUUUAGCCCUUAAUUCCUCAUACAGGAUCACUGAAAUUAAAUAAUUACUUCCAUUGUGACCAUGCUUCCUUUUUCCCCAGUCUUAUAAAUGGGUGGCUAUUUAAGAUAUUUAAAUAUUGAAAUGUUGGAAGUAUCUGAUAUUUCAGAAAACUGAUGGUAAUCUUUCUACAAGUGCCGUUAGUAUUUAUUAAGUGUACAUAUCUUAUUUUUGCUAUAAAUGCAAUUACUUGCUUGUUUUA